UUCAGACCAUAUUAUACAGCAAGGUUGAUAUGACUUUCUGUCCUACAAGCAACCAAAUAAAUGUGUGCAGAGACAGGAUUUUAGAAUGUAGCCUGCAUGCCUUCAGAAGACGCCGUUUUGAUCCAGCAGCAAAACUGGAUGUUAUUUUUGUGGAUGAGGAGGGCAGCGCUGAAGGGGCAGUUGAUGAAGGUGGUCCCACACGAGAAUAUCUCAGACUGUUAAUGAGGGCAAUUCAUCAAUCUAAUGUCUUUGAGGGGCACGAGAAUGACCGCCAUCUAGCUUUGGACACUAGUGCGUUGGAGUCAAAAAUGUACAACUGUAUUGGAAAAAUGAUAUCAGUCUGUUUGGUGCAUGGAGGCAUUGGACCACAUUUCUUCUCUCAAAGGCUGUAUGACCACAUUUGUGGCACAUUGUCUCAACCUACCCUGGUUGAGGACGUUGUUAACCGUUCAUUCAGAGAGCAGCUGAUCAAAAUUCAGGAUGCAAACACAGUCGUGGAGGCAAACGAAGCCAUUAUGCAGGCAGCAGAUACCCUGAGCAUUGUUGGAGCAUUAAGGCCUGUAACUACUCUGGAAGAGAGGGACUCCCUUGUGCAAUCUGCUGCAGACUUCUUUGGAAAUGGCCGAGUGUGCACUGCAUUGCAACAGUUUGUGGAAGGUUUGAAGACUCUCAAUGUGCUAGAUGAGAUUCAGAAAAACCCUGCAGUCUUUCAUGAAUUGUUUGUGAAACUGUAA